AUUGUCGAGCCUAGUCCCUUGGAAGACAAAAGACGCCAUUGGAUACAAUGGCCACAAUCAUAUUUACUAUCUUCGAUACGAUUGGUUGGUUUAGAUCGAGUCUAGGUCAACACGACAACGAAAAAUGAAGCCUAUGCUAGAAUCCAUGAUGAUAUGCCUUACGCCUGAGGAAACAGAUGCAUUCAUUGAUAUCUGGCAACAACAUUCUUGCCUCUGGCAAGUUCAUGACCCAGGCUACAAAUCAAAAACAGCUAGAGCACAUGCAAUGCAGGACAUAGCGGAUACGUUUGCUCGAGGCUGGACCAUCGAUCAAGUCAGAAGGAAAAUAGAAAGUUUAAAAACAUACUGGAGGGAGCAGAGAAACAAGGCUAAUAAGACCACCAGGACUGGUCUACCUGCAAAAGUUUGGUCACACUAUGACCGACUAAACAGUUUCCUUGGUGGGGAAUCCUGCACAUCUGAAGGUAUCCCGAACAGUUGGACUCGACAGACCACUAUUUCCUCUGUGCAAAGAAAGACAGUCAAUGUUGAAGUAUCAAAUGAAGGAGAGGCUUUGGAAGAUGGUGCCAGUUCAGCGUCAUCAACAUCAUCAGAUAUUGGCCAAAUUGUUACACUUCAUGCCACGUCACCAUCAUCACCUUCUGCCAUUGUGCCUCAUGCAACACAAAAGCGUUCCAUGGACAGAAGUCGGAUGUCACCCUUGUCACAAAAGAAAAGGAUGCUGAGCCAUGUAAAUGCCACCUCUCCUUCCUCCUCUUCCGAUGUUUUGGAAAAUGCUGUUACGGACCUCAUACAAGAAAUUCGUGAAAAUCACAAGCAAAAAAUAGAUGAUCCAUUAUUUACUUAUGCAAAGACUGUGGCUGACAGGCUCAGAGAAAUUAAGAACAAACGAAGACUGUUAGUUGUGAAGAACAACAUUGACCAGUUCAUACAUGCUGCACUUAUGGAAGAAAUGGGAGAUGAUGUGUAACAAAAAAGGAGUGAAAAUUGUGUGUAUAAAAGUGUAUGUGUUUUGUGUAUUACAUUAAAAUGUACUUCAAUACCAUA